UAAAAUAAUGGUUAAACUUAAUAUUGACUUAUUUCACUUUUGUUACAAAAUGACAACUACUUAUAAGAAAAAUGCCAUCUGUGGAUAGUUGAAUAAUGUAUUUUGUAAAUAAUACAUGUGGACUAUUGUUUUGUAUUGAAAACCUCCUUUUCUUGAUAAUUAUAUUAUACUAGAAAAUUUCCGCACUACGGGUCUAUGUCACAACUAAAAAUUUCAAUGGAUACUGAUAUUCUAAUAAGUGAUAAAGACAAUCUUUACGACUUUGACUUGGAUGAAUUGAACAAUGACUGUCAUUGGUCUUCAUUAUUAAAUUCAGCAGAUGCAUCACCAAGUGAGAUACUUGCUGAUGCAGCACCCAGCCUUGUUUCCCCAAUUUCACCAAUUUCCAGCUUAAAAUCUUCUCCAAAUGAAAGCAGUAACUCAGAUUCUGGCAGUGAAGAUGAUACAAAAAAUUCCAGUUCUAUAUCAGUUAGGGAUUCAUCUCAAUCACCUAAUGAAUGGUUGUCAAAUGAUUCUGAAGUUGUAUACCAGCUUAAACCAGAGGAUGUUGAAAAGUUUUUACAAAAAGCAGAUAAUAUUGAUGUCGAAUGUACAAACAAUGCACCAAUGAUCAAGAAUGUAGAGCAGAAGGUACCGGUAAUGUCAAUAGAAAAUGGUGUGAUAAAGGUGAAUGGAAUUGGUAGUUAUGUUAAUCCAAAAAGUUUAUGCUCACUUUCUACUAAAGUUAAAGGUACAAAUCAUGGCUCAUAUUUCAAUGUAAUAAAUGAGCAUUUUAAUAAUGGAAGGAAAGAAGAAAGAGAACAAGCAGUAUCCUAUCAAAAAGAAGUAUCCAUAAAAAGCCAAUGUAAUCCAAUAGUAAUUUUACCUAAUUAUACAUCCCAAGUCACAAAAAGCAAAGUUGCUGUAUUACCACAAAAGUUACACCAUGAGGUCUCAAAUGGUUAUCAGAUAAAGUCUCCUCCUAGAAGUCAUAUUAUGUUAAGCCCAAACUCUGUUCAAGUGGAAUCAGCUUCAGAAUGCAAUUCAACAAGUCCUAUCUUAGAAAUACCUCAGUUAAGUGAAGCAGAUAUUAAAGCGAUCAAGAAACAGCAGCGUAUGAUAAAGAAUCGAGAGUCAGCCUGCCAAUCGCGCCAGAAAAAGAAAGAAUAUGUUACAGCAUUAGAACAACAAUUAUUAGAAGCACAUCAGGAAAUAGGAAAGUUGCGACUAGAAAACAAAAUACUUAGAAAUCAACUGGAAUCAAAUGGCAGGAUUCGAAAGAUACCAAGACUAGACUCGUCAUUGUUAAUACCGAAAAAGAACAUUGCUGUUAUUUUCGCUAUGGUGUUCAUGGUCUCCUUAAACUUUAAUAUGUUAGGAUGGAAUUCCAAGCCAUUUGUUGGACCAACACAUUCUCAUGUUGGUAAUCGGCAUUUAUUAUGGGCAGAAGAUAAUAAGGAUGUAUCUUUAGAUUACGAACACUUAAACCGAAGUACUGAUGCCAUUGACUGUCAGAAUAGUACAAUGUUUGAGAAUAUUAAUCAGACUGAGAGCAUACGAAUUGUAGGAGACUUAAAACGUUGGAUCCGCGGCGGGAAAACCUUAAAUUGGACCUCUGCGCCCAAAAAGCGUAGAUAUGUCAAUGAAGAACAAAUUAAUGGAGGCCUGUUAGGAGCGUAUAACCUAUUCAAUAAAGUGAGUUUGGAUGACUUUGUUGAAUUUCCCACUAAAAACAGCAAAAAUAUUCGCGACAAGACGCGCAUACGGCGCUUGCGCAGAUCAACGGAGAAAGAUAUCGAAUUCGAUGGAUUGUAUUAUGAAAGACUGUAUAAUAGGCAUAUAAGGAAGAAUAAUGAAUUUAACGACUUUGGCGAAUGGAGUGAAUUGCUUCAAGCCUUGCAGCGACGUGAUGAUACGUUUUACGUAGUGGGUGUUGGUAAAGGAGAACACUUGUUGUUGCCAGCGGUGUCUCAUAAUGCCACUAGGCCACCGAAAAUGGCGCUUAUAUUGCCGGCACGGGGUGCUAAUGAUUCCGUAUUAAGCGAUCAUGUGACAUUGAUGCAAAUUGACUGCUCAGUUGUCAACACAACUCUGGUCAAACUGAAGUCCGAAUCAUUACCGAAGAGCCUGAGGAAAACAAAAAAUGCAACAAAUACAUUCUAUGAAAAACCUAAGGCAAAUAUACCAAAACCUGAAACUGUACAAAAAUUCAAUAAUUCUAGUCACAUAGAGAAAGGUUUGAAGGAUUCCUUUGCACAGUUACUAAGUAAACCAACGGGAAAUAAUUCGGAAUCUAUAGAUGAUUCUCCGACACAGAUUGCUGUAAAUAGUACAUUGUAAGAUAUUUUCUAUAUAUAAUUUAAUGGGCCCUUUUGGUAAGAUACAGACUCACGACGAAGUAUGACUAUAUGUCAAAAAGUUUUUUGAUAUAGGAAAGCCAUACUUAUCCCUGCACAGCAAAGUUCCGUUUUCUAAAUAGAUGCCCACAGACAAAGUCUUUGUAAUUUAUAUAUAUAUAUAUCUUUAACCUGGUCAUAAUACAAAUUUCUUCCUUAUUUUAAUUUGUACGUAAACCGAAUAAAAAUUUUGAUCCCUUCCUAGUGUCGAUAGUAUGCAAAAGCUUUAGUAUCACAUUAGGAUAACGACAAGUCUUUUGACACAGUAGUUUUCCCUCCUGAUUCAACACCCUAUUCCUUUAAAUUAAGGUGCAUUUUACAAUGCACAAAUAUAUUAUAUAAGAAUUCAAGCAGGGUGUUCUCACACAGUAACGAAUUGCGAUUUGUGAUAUAUGUAACUAAUAAGUAAAAUAACAUCACACAAUUUCGCAAUUUCUUGGAUAAGGUAUUUGAAAUGUGUACUAGUAAUAUUUAGGAAUAAACAGACUGCUGUUACUACAGCAAGAUCUCAAAAAAUAUUUUACACUUUUGUAAUUUUUAAUGAAGGUAAGAAUGUUACAAUAUUCGUGAUUACAAAAGUUAUAUAUCAGUCUAUUUAUUAUAACAAUUGGUUGUUUUGAAUGUUAAAUGUUAUUUUAGAUUCUUUUAUUGAGUAAUAUUAUAAUUCCUGUUAUGGCUGUUCUUCUACUUUUAAGUUUAAUCUGUUAAUAAUUAGAGAUUUAAAUCGUAAGAUGCGCAAAUGCGAUUAUAUAUUAUAUAGUACUUAUAGGACGUGAUAAGGUAUAUAUUAUAAGGUAAGGUAUUUAUUACGUCUUAUAAGUGCGUAAUCGUUCGCUCUCUGUAAUACAAUCACACGUGGUACAUACAAUUUACAAAGCAAUUAUCUAAGAAAUAGUAAAUCCAGAAAAUAUAUUUCUUGUAUUUUUUUUAAAUAAGGUCUUUCUGUAAACAUAUUUUAUAGAUUUACGUAACUAUACAAGAGAACCCAAACAUAUUCAUUUCUUAUAUGCGAUAACAAUUUAGAAAUAGUUAUGAGUCACUUAUCCUAGGAUGAAUAUAAAUCUUACUACUUAAAGAAUUGCAUUUUUCUCAUCAGACUUAACCUCUAAAUACAUUAUAGCAUGUUAUUUUUGACUAUAAUGAAGCUUUCCUGAAUAAAAUGUUUUUGUCAGUUGUGUUAACUAAUUUUAGUUUUUGUUACUGUAGGUUAUUAUAUUUAACUAUA